CCGGUUGCUGCCGGCUUCCUGCUGCCGCCUUGGCUCUCCCCUGCCAUGGGGAGGAGGCGGCGCCCGCGGCGGCAGCAGGGCUUGGGGAGGGCCCCUGGGCAUGGAGCGGCGCCCGAGGCGCGCAGAUUUCUCUCUAAACUCAAGCAUUUGGGUGGAUUCAUAAAAGUGCGAAGCUUGGAUUUUACACACCGUUUUUUGGAAGUGGCAUGCUAUAAGCUGACUCUGCUUAUUAUCUAGUGAUCUAGCACUGGGUAUGAUGGCCCAGUUCAAGUCAAAUGGAUCUUACUAUGCCCUGACUGCUAUCGGGUUAGGAAUGCUUGUCCUUGGGAUCAUAAUGGCAGUCUGGAACCUGGUCCCAGGAUUUGGCCAUAGUGAUAAGCCUCCCUCAUCUGCUGGAAAUAGUAGCAAUUCAGGGCAUGAUGGUGGAGGAAUAUUGAAGAGUAAGACCUUUUCGGUAGCUUAUGUAUUGGUUGGGGCUGGAGUGCUGCUCCUUUUGCUCUCCAUUUUCUUGAAUGUCCGGGACAGGAAAAAGAAAAGACAAAAUGAGUGUCUUGCUAGGAUCCAGCAAGAAACAUCUGCUGAACCUCAACAUCAGGAGGACAGUCAAGAAGAGGAUGAUGAGACACCGUCGCGAUACUAUGUUCCCAGUUAUGAGGAGGUUAUGAACGCGGGCUAUCCUGAGAUGAGAGAAUUGGACAGAAACACCAGGAUCAGCAUGUCUCUGCCCUCUUAUGAAUCUCUAACUGGGAUUGAUGAAAAUACACCAACUACAACCACCGUAAAUGUCGAUACGAACAUACAGCGUCAGCCAAGCAGGCACAGCUCUCGCUUGAACAAACGACUGAAACCCCUGAAAAUUCGGAGAAUUAAGUCUGAUAAGCUGCACCUAAAGGACUUCCGAAUAAACCUUCCAGAUAGAAACACUUCAGGUCAAAUAACAAUAGAACCAUUGACCCCUCCUCCACAGUAUGAUGAUGUCCCAGAUAAAGCACCAGAUAGCAAGGAAGUACCAGAUAAAGCCACAUAGCAAGUACCAGAUAGCAAGGAAGUACAUUGUAUGCCUCUCUUAUAAUUCUUUUUUCUACACUAUAUUUUUUAAGCCACUAAAUUGUCUUUUUUUACCAAUAAUUUUAAAAGUAGAAAAGGAAAAGUAAUUUUUUUUUUUUUUUAGUUUCUCUUCUUCCACGUCAGAAAAACCAAACAACGUUGUGGCUUUCUCCACUUCCAUUAAAAUGGAGUCGAGAUAACUGAAGAAAGCAAGUCUGCAUUUUGUAACACUUCAUUGUCAUGCUGUGAAAUCUAUUGAAUGAAAUGACAGUUUUGAACUAUCAGAUUUAUUUAAUCCUUUCAGCAGUACUCAUGAUGCCUGUGAGAAGCUUUCUAAGCACUGACAACCAUAGGGGAGAAGAUGGGUUUUGGUGUUCCAGUGUGAUGGGAGAGUGUUUAAGGUUAACCUGUAAAUUCAUUCAGUUGGUAUCUACUCCAUUGUGCCACUUCAAAAAUGUUUAAUGUUCUGUUUUAAGUUAGCAUUGAAUAUGCUGAGCAAUUGGAGACUUUUUCUAAAUAAAUGUUUUGUGUGUA